AUGGCGACCGGGUCGGAUGCAGGGCCGGUUGUGCCUGGAACAGCGACAGCCACUCUGCCAGCAGCGACAGCGGCUGCGGCACCUACGACGGGCGGCCUGGGGCGCGACGUGCACAACUCGCAUGCGCUGGGCCGGACGCUCAACGCGCACGUGAAGCAGGCUCGCGUCCUCAUGGUGGGCGCCGGUGGCAUCGGCUGCGAGCUGCUCAAGACGCUGGUGCUGACAGGCUUCGGCGAGGUCCACAUUGUCGACCUGGACACCAUCGAUCUAAGCAACCUGAACCGACAGUUCCUCUUCCGGCACGAGCACAUCAAGAAGUCCAAGGCGCUGGUGGCGCGUGACGCGGCGCAGCGCUUCAACCCACAGGUGCGGCUGGUGGCGCACCACGCCAACAUCAAGGACGCGCAGUUUGACGUGGCCUUUUUCCGCGGCUUUCGCAUCGUCUUCAACGCGCUCGACAACCUGGACGCCCGGCGGCACGUGAACCGCAUGUGUCUGGCCGCCGACGUGCCGCUGGUCGAGAGCGGCACCACCGGCUUCAACGGCCAGGUGCAGGUUAUCCGUCGCGGCGUCACGGCCUGCUACGACUGCAGCCCCAAGGAGGCGCCACGCUCGUUUCCCGUCUGCACUAUCCGCAGCACGCCCAGCCAGCCGAUCCACUGCAUCGUCUGGGCCAAGAGCUACCUGCUGAACGAGAUGUUUGGCGACAGCGAGGACGAAUCGGCCUUUGACCACUCGGCCGACGCCCAGAAUGCUGCCGAGAUCGUCGAGCUGCGCAAGGAGUCUUUUGCCCUCAAGGCGCUGCGCCGUGCUGUCGGAACCCCGGCCUUUGCCCGUCGGCUGUCCGACAAGGUCUUCCGCGCCGACAUCGACCGUCUGCGAUCCAUGGAGGAUAUGUGGAAGUCACGUGACCCGCCCCAGGUCCUGGCCUAUGACGACAUCGUGGCCGCGACGGCUGCGGCUGGCCUAGGACCAAACAACCCCGAGGCCGUGGCCGUUCUGCUGCGCGACGGCCAAAAGGUCUGGACGCUCGAGGAGAGCGUCGUGGUAUUCAACGACAGCAUUGAGCGGCUCAGCCGCCGUGUAGCCCAGCUGCGCGAAGCCGGCAACGCCGACGCCGACGCGCUGAUCGAGUUUGACAAGGACGACAUCGACACCCUCGACUUUGUGGCCGCCAGCGCCAACAUUCGGUCCACGCUGUUCGGAAUUGAGCACCGGUCGCGCUUCGACAUUAAGCAGAUGGCGGGCAACAUCAUCCCGGCCAUUGCCACAACCAAUGCCAUCGUCGCCAGUCUCUGCGUCCUGCAGUCUUUCAAGGUUCUGCAGGGCGAUUAUGACGCCGUGAAAGAGGUCUUCCUCACUCCCUUCGCCUCGGACCAUCUCCUAGCGGCCGACCAGCCGCGCCAGCCGAACCCCGAGUGUCCCGUCUGCAGCUCGUACCAGACGAGCGUCCGCGCAGACCUGUCCAAGGCAACGCUGGCUGACGUGGUCGAGCUCAUCGUCAAGACACAGCUCGGCUUUGGCGACCGCGAUUUUGUCGUCAGCAAUGACGUCGGCAUCCUGUACGACGUCGAGGAGACAGACAACCUGGAGAAGCAGUUGAGCGACCUGGGCGUUCGACCUGGCAGCUUCCUCACGGUGAUCGACGACGAGGACGAGGACCCCUAUGUCAACGUGGUCAUCAACAUCGAGGACAGCAAGGGGGAGCCGCUUCCGGACGGAAACCCUGUCGUUGCUGUCGGCCUCGAAGGUCCGCCCAACAUUCGUCGGCGGCCUAAGAAGACGACGCCUCCCUCUCCUCCCCCAUUAGCGGAGGCCAACGGCACGGCCAAGCAAAACGGAAAACACGCGCUUGACAUAGACGAUGACGAUGUCGUUCCCUUGGACGGCCCGGCGCCCAAACGGCCGCGAGUGGACGAUGUUGUCCCCGCCAGCAAUGGCAACGGCGAGUCGGCAGCAAAAAAAAAGGCAAAGCCCGGCGAGGACGUCCCUGCUAGCAACGACGACAUUAUAAAUAUCGAAGACGUGUCGAAUGGCGCCAUAGUCAUUGACGACGACUGA